AAGACUUGCAGUCUGGUGCGAUACGGUGCAAGAGCAAAAACUAAGGUUCGCGACAAUCCACAAUUCAGUUGCGUUCUCCAUUCAGCGGGAAAUGAGGCUGCAAGCUGCUUGUCAGUGAUAGAUCUGAGCGGGACCGGUAUUUUUUCAUUUUCGGUGCGAUUCGAGAUUGUGUCGGUUUUUUCAGGCCUCCUGAAAAUGACAUAAACAUCACCGAUCUUCGACCGGAUAUCAAUUGAUGGAGUAACUCUACAGUUAUCAUUGUGGACUUGCUGAUAUAGACAAGAAAUUUACCCGCUAACAUGAGACUGCUAGUUCUGGUCGCUCUUUUAUCCGCUGCUCGUGGCGAACAGCUUCUUACCAAAAAACCGAUUAAGAGAAGUUAUGUUUGUCCGCCCAAUUUCAUUAGACAAGGACGCAGGUGCUACUUCUUCAGCAAAGACGCAACAACUUGGCAAGAGGCUCUUUAUCACUGUCGAGAGUUACAUAGCCAUCUCACUGUCAUAAGGAAUCCAGUGCAAGAUAAACUCGUUAGGAGUUUCCUCAGCCAAAAAUCUUUGGAUCCGGUUGAGAGAUGGUUAGGUGGCGUAUACGAUUGGGCAAAUAUGACGUGGAAAUGGGCUGCUUCUGGAAAACCCUUGGGUUAUAAUGGUUUCGUUAAAUUUGACAAGGAAGAGAAUAAAGAAAAGCUGAGGUGGCACUGUCUCAUCAUGGAUCCAUCUCUAGAUUUCAGGUGGAACUCCCGAAGCUGCUUCGAGAAAAAACACUACAUGUGCCAUACCAAGCUGAAAAUAGUCACUAACAAAGACAAAAGGAAACUAAAACAUCGGUAUCGUGCAGAUGAGUCCAAUAAAUUGAAUGAAAUACCCGUACCUUCAGUUGCAGAAUUCAAAAACAGCAGCGAUCCUUUGAAGCCCCCCUUUCCGAUAACGUAUAAAUUCGAAAUAAACAGAAGUUUAAACGAUCAGGCAAUGUUCGCGUAUACUCCCAAAGCUCUGAGGAGAGUGAAAAAGAAUAAAAAACGAAAGGCUAGAAAGAUACUUGCUGAAGGGCUGGUUGUGGAAACGUCAAAGGGAAGAAAGAAGUCUAAAAGGAAAAAGGUCAAGCCAGAAGAUUUGGGGGAGCCUACUCUGAUACGAAACAUCAGAUGGAGGACUUACAAGAAGAAAAACAAGCGUUUGAAUUCUUUGUAUCCACCCCAAAUAGUCGAGGAGUAUAAUUAUGUCAAAGGGUGAAACAUCCGUAUAUUCUGCUAAGAGGAAUAUUUGUACAUAAUUCAGUCAUUUUCAAUGUCGAUUUCGGUCUUGUUUUCAAACAGUGCUCUCAUACGUUUGAUGACCACUUCAGAAAAAAUUGAAAGAUGGACUGUAACAAAAAAUUAGGAUGCUGCAAUGUAUCUAAUCUAAAAUUUCUACAUCAAAUCCUUAAAUUUAAUUUCAACGCCCAGUUAUGUCUUUAUCGUUUUCAGUAUUCCUACCCUGUCACUGGAAACUAACCGAUGACUGAAGUAAUUUUCAUGUUUAUUAUUACCGUUUUAUUUUGCAUUGUGUUCGUUCAUUGUGUGUGGUCUGCUUUCUUGCCCGGAAAACAUAACAAGCUUCUUAGAUAUGACUUUAAUGAUUCAGUCGUGCUCACAUUAUAAACCAAGUCGAUAUUAAUUUGUUUACCAAGCCAAACACAAACCAACCUACAUGAAAUGACAUUUCUAAUGUAUUUUAUUAAUAAUCUCUUUCCAUCCA